AUGGAAUUUGAAGUUUCCAUCUUUGAUUCAAGUCAUUGUGAUAGAGAAUACGUAGAGUAUCUUUACGAGGACGAGGACGAGGAAGAGGAAGAGGAAGGGACUACUCAUUUUGAAUGCAUUGUUAGACCAUAUUGCCUUUCGAAAGGUUUUAUGAUACUGCCUCAACAAUUUGGAAUUGCAAAUGGUCUCACCAACAAGAAGUGUGCGUUGAUUGUAAGAGAUGAAAGACAAAGGUCGUGGAAUUUAAAGCUAAGUUCCAGCAGUAUUCGUGCUCGAGUCUAUAUUGGAGGUGGAUGGCGUAAAUUUGCUGAGGAAAACUUUUUAAAGGAAGGAGACCGUUUAAUGUUUGAGAUUGUUACUAAUGGAGAAACACCAAUAUGGAAAUUUCGAGUUGUUACUCAUGGAGAAACUCCAAUGAAAAAGUCUCAAGAUGAGGAUGAGGACGAGGACGAGAAUAAAGAUGAGACUACUUAUGACAAGUCUUUUGGUCAACCUCAUUUUGAAUGCAUUAUUAGACAAUAUUGUCUUUCGGAAGGUUUUAUGUUUCUGCCUCAACAAUUUGCAAUUGCAUAUGGUCUCACCAACAAGAAGUGUGCGUUGAUCUUAAGAGAUGAAAGACAAAACUCGUGGAAUAUAAAGCUAAAUUCCAAUGGUAAUCGAACCUAUAUUGGAGAUGGAUGGCGUAAAUUUGCUGUGGAAAAGUAUUUAAAGGAAGGAGACCGUAUAAUGUUUGAGAUCGUUACUAAUGGAGAAACACCAGUAUGGAAAUUUCGAAUUGUUACUGAUGGAGAAACUCCAAUGAGGAAGUUUCAAGAAAAAUCAAGGCCCAACAUCAAGUUGUCAAAUAAGACUUCUUCCCAUGCAGAAGCUGCUACUAUUCAAUCUCAUUUUGAGUGCACCAUUGCACAAUAUUGUAUUUCAAGAGGUUAUUUGUAUAUCCCUAAACAAUUUGCAUAUUCGAACGGUCUGAACAACAAGAAAUGCGAUUUGAUUAUAAGAGAUGAAAGACAAAGAUCGUGGAAUUUAAAGUUUCGUUAUUGGAGAACUGAAGUCAAUAUUAGAGAUGGAUGGUAUAAAUUCAUGGUCGAUAAUUGCCUAAAGAAGGGAGAUCGAAUAAUGUUUGAAGUUGUUACUAAUGGAGAGACACCAAUAUGGAAAUUUGAAGUUGUUACUAAUGGAGGAACUUCAAUGCACAAGUUUCAAGACAUUAAGAAAAAGCCCUCAAAUCCUCUGAAUGCACAAGUAUCUACUUCAACUUCUGGUGGUGAUGAUGAUCAUCCUUAUUUUGUUUCAACCAUCAAACCUUAUUGCAUCAGCAAGCCAAUUUUGGCAAAUUUUCUGGAAAAGUUGCAAAGAGAGUGGAACAUUGAAGCAACUCGACUUAAAAUUCCUAUAGGUUUCGUGAAGUAUUUGAAGGGACAUGAUCAAUAUGAACAUGCAAUACUUAGAAGGGUUGGUAAGAAGUGUCUAGUGAAACUAAAUGAACAUCGAUUCGAAGAGGGAUGGGAAAAAUUUGUAGAGGAUCAUGAUGUGCAAUUGGGAGAUAUGUUGGUGUUUAGACAUGAAGGAAAUAUGGAAUUUGAGGUUUUCAUCUUUGAUUCAACUUAUUGUGACCGAGAAUAUGCAGAGUGUAUGCAAAUACAAGAACAGGACGAGGAUGAGGACGAGGACGAGGUACAAGAAGGAGAUACUUCAAAGAAAUUUGAAUUCAAUGACAAACCAAACCCCUGCAUCAUGUCUUCAAACAGGGCAUUUCUCGAUACGGAAGAAGUUUCUACUCAUUUCGUGUUCACUGUUAAACCAUAUUGCCUUACAAAUGGUUACUUUCGCCUUCCUAAAAAAUUUGCACUGGCAAAUGGUUUCGUGAAGACAUGUGAUUUGAUUAUACGAGAUGAAAGACAAAGGUCGUGGAAUUUAAGGCUAACUGCCUAUGGUUCUGAGAUCUAUAUAGUAGGUGGAUGGAAGGAAUUCCGUGAUGCAAAUUGCUUAAAAGUGGGAGAUUGUAGAAUGUUUGAAGUUGUUACUAACGGAGAAAAACCUGUAUGGAAAUUUCAUGAUAAACCAAGCCCCAACAUCAAGUCAUCAAACAAGUCAUUUCUCUAUGGUGAAGCAGUUAGUCCGAAGCCAUUUGGUUAUUCUCGUUUUGUAUGCACUGUUAGACCUUAUUGCCUUUCAAAUGAUUUCUUGCGCAUUCCUAAGAAAUUUGCUCAUGCAAAUGGUCUCAUCAACAAGAAACGUGAUUUGAUUGUUAGAGAUGAAAGGCAAAGGUCGUGGGAUUUAAGGUUAUGUUAUUUUGGAACUUGUGUAUGUAUUAAAGGCGGAUGGCAUGAAUUUCGUGAUUCAAAUUGCUUAAAGGAAGGAGAUCGCAUAAUGUUUGAUGUUGUUACUAAUGGAGAGAAACCAAUAUGGCAAUUUCAUGGCACAAAAAAUCUGGAGAUUGGUUGA